AACAUAUGAAACUUCCCUUGUAACUUAAAUGUCAAUGGAAGCUCCUAGGAAGGUUUCACUGAUGUAUUAAGCGCGAAUAUCUUGCACAUUAUAUGUAUGCUGCUACUUCUGUUAUUUGACAAUGGCAAGCAACGUAUACGUUUCGUGUUUCGUUCCUUAUCCGACCCUCCCAUCCCUUGCAUACCUCAACAACAACAACAACAACAACAACAACAACAACAACAACCACCUUAUGACAACUACUACUAACACUUUCAGUUCACUUGAGUCCUCAGGAAGUGAUCAUUUUUUCGAGCAGAGUACUGAUUUCGAGGUUUCAGACUUCUUUUCCUUUGAAGGUUGGGGGAACGAGCAGCAGUCCAUGGAUUUUGGUUCACAGGGUACUCAGAAUUAUGGGUAUCAAGGAACUGAGUUUUAUGAUAUUGGGGGAAGCAGCAACAUCCAAAAUGAGGGAGAGAACAGCAGAUCAGUUAGAAAUGGCAAAGAGAAGAAGGAAAGGGUUGCAUUCAGAAUGAAAUCGGAGAUUGAUGUCGUUGAUGAUGGUUACAAAUGGAGAAAGUAUGGCAAGAAGAUGGUCAAAAACAGCCCAAACCCAAGGAACUACUACAGGUGUGCUGUAGACAGUUGUCCUGUAAAGAAGAGAGUAGAGCGAGACAGGGAUGACAUGAAAUACGUAAUAACAACAUAUGAAGGCAAUCAUAUCCAUGACGCCCCAAAGUAGUUAACUUCGAGGAUGUUGUCAGAGCUCUAUGCUCUGCAAGUACUUGUCAGCUGCAAGGAAUUUCAGUUUCCUCCUUCAGAGCUUGGUGGGUUGGUUGCAGACCACAUGGGAUCAGCAAAAGUUUUUUCUCCACAUACUGUCAUGUGUUUCACUUUUGUCAGGAGACCCGAGAUCUGUAAAUUAAUACUGCAGUAACAAAUUGAACACAAUAAACACUAGUCAUCUUAGGCUUGUUAGAUGUAGUGUGCCAUUUUCUGUUUUAACAGCAGUAGUAUAUAAAGAGUUUACUUUAUUUCAUAUAUAUUUUUCAGUCACAAAUAUUAUGGUGAUGUCUUGACUGUAAAGAGAAAAAUAAACAGUGAGGCAACCCCAUUGAACUAUGUAAAUCAGAAACUACAGCUGAAUCUGGCAGUCUGAAAUCAUAUUUCUAGUCCGGAACAGCUUGUAAGAUAAUUAUCCAUUUGAAUGAAGUCGAAU